UCCAGCCAAUAGGAAGCGGCCGCUGUGUUCGGUGUUGUUACUUUAGCAGCGUGCUCAUCAUGCGUGGAGUUCUGCGGUCUCCGUGGUUCUGUCCUGCGUGUUGAUCCCGUCACGAUGACCGGAGUCAGCAGGGAACUCAUCACGCUGCAACUCGGACAUUAUUCCAACUUCGUGGGAACCCACUGGUGGAAUUUACAGGAUGCGUCUCUGUGCUACCACCCCGGGUCGGCGCCGCCGGAGGUCCAGAGCGACUCCGUGUUCCGGGAAGGACAAACUCCAGGCGGCAGCGUCACCUACACGCCCCGACUCAUCGCCAUGGAUCUUAAAGGAAGUCUCCGGACGUUGCGGCAGGAAGGAAGUCUGUAUGACCCCGGAGGAGCCGCAGCGGCAGCUGCCACCUGGGCGGGGAGCGUCACCGUGCACAAGCACAGCCAGCCGGAGAAGAACUGCUUCCUGGAGGAUCUGGAGAAGCUGGAUAAGGGACAGAUCCUGGCUGAGGCAGAGUUCUGCUCGGCGUCGCAGCUGCAACGCUCCGGUCCGCUGGCCAUGGACUCGUUCAAUAGCCAACUGACCCGGGUCCAGAAGAACUACCGUCUGGAGGGCAGCGUGACGGUCUGGUCCGACUUCCUGCGGCUUCACCUGCACCCCCGCUCCGUUGCCGUAAUCCACCAGUUCAACCAUGACGGAGAGGCUCAUCGCCUAGAGACCUUCGGCCAGGGAGAGUCUGUCCUGCAGGGGGCGCUGCUGGACGAGCUGGAGGACAGGCUGCACUUCUUCGUGGAGGAAUGCGAUUACCUGCAGGGUUUCCAGGUUCUGUGUGACCUGGAGGACGGGUUCGCAGGCCUGGGGUCAAAGGUUACGGAGCUGCUGCAGGACUCCUACGGUGGGCGGGGCAUCCUGACGUGGGGCGUGGCUCCGGUUGUCCACCGGGACUCGACUCCAGCCAGGGACCGGUACCACCUGCUGAACACCGCGCUGGGCACCGUCAACAUGGCCGCCCACAGCUCGCUGUUCUGCCCGCUGACGCUGCGGGGGGGGCUGGGCAGGCGGCCGCCGCCCCCGCCGCUCUUCCCCCUGCUGUCCUACGAUGCCGCCCUCUGGUACCACUCCAGCGCCAUCUUGGCUCUGGCCCUGGACGCCCUCACCGUGCCCUACCGGCUCAGGAACAACGGCGCCCCCAUGUGGCAGGUGGCGGACUCGCUGGCCGUGUCAGGGAGGAAGGUCGUGGCCGCUUACGGCGCUGUCCCGUUUCCCAUGAUGCCCGGCGGCUCCCUGCCCGACGCCCUGAGCGCCUGUGCUGACGCAUUGCCAUGGAAACCUCUGUCUGCUUGCCCCGAGGCGGCUGGGGGUCGAUGCUACGGACAGUGGAGCACGCUCAGAGGCUACGAGGGCCAGAAGCUCAUCAGCUGCCUCUCUCCGGGAAUCGAACCAUCGACUCCUCUGCACGGCCUCCUCAGCGGGGAGGACGUCCUGGCCGCCUACGUCUCCUCCUUCUACCCCUCAGCUCCUCUGGCGCUGCAGCUGGUCUCCGCCCCCAGUAAACUGACUCCGCCCUUCCCUCAGAUCUUCAGCCCGGCGCUGGACGCCCAGGGCUUCAUGUGUGGCAGGGCGCCCCCUGCAGGCGCGCCGCCGGUCUCGUCCGUCCCCAUCCUGACGUCGCUGCAGUCCGGGACCGCCCUGCGCCCGUUUCUGUCUGAGCUGCAGCGCGCUGCCGCCACCUUCGACGUGCGCCGCCGGGCCCCCAGCUUCCUGUCUCAGGGGCCCGAGAUGGCCGACUAUCAGGAGGCGCUGGAGGAGCUGCGCCUGCUGGGCCGCUGUUACCAUGACGACAGCGGCGGCACCACGCGCUCGUCCUCUGAGGACGACGACGACUGAGGAGCGCGCUUGGUGAAGGUCGUCAAUGGAGGUCGCAGCUUGGAUCAGAACCGGUCCAGAUGGGUCGGCUUCCUGCAUGUCCUACAGAACCAGAGACGGACCGAACCGGACCGGACCGUCUGCUGGUCCACAGACGAUAAACCAAACUUGAAAACUUUAAACUCAAGUUUGAGUGAAAUAAUGUGCUGGAAAGAUUCAGCAUGAAGUUCAGGGAAGAACUGGAUGAAGAUUAAAUUUACAGAUUAAAAGCAGAGAAAGGUCGUUGAUCUCGCCUUCACUCUGAUUGGACAGAGAUGUUUCAAACCGUCCAAUCAGAGGCUGGAUGGAUCAGCAGGUUGCAGCAGAGAAUAAAAGUUUAGUUAUUGAAUAAAAUGAAUAAAUCUGGAUCAGUUUUCCAGGAUCCACUCUAGAUUGAUCUGAUUGGUCGGUUUCCUGCUUCAUUCUGAUUGGUCCUCAGCUGUUUUACCUGAACACGCCCACAAACACCUGGAUUACCUUCCUGCUCAGUUCCAGGUUAGCUAAACCAGGCAGCAGGCCAAUAUGAUCCUGAGUUUAGGGAAACUGGCUUUUGAUUCAUAAAGGUUACCAUGGUAACAGCCUCAGGAUAACCUGCCGCACCAGAGGGGGCGCUGUAAGUCACUUUUCUGGUGUUUAUUUUACUGGGUGCGAUUUAAAAUGUAACUGGAUAAAAUGGUCAAAAGUUCAGGUUUUAUAAAAAGUACAAAGUAGAGACGGAUUGUUCUUAGUUACAGUAAGGUGACUUCAGGUCACCUGUGACUUCAGGUCACCUGUCUCCGCCCCCCUGGACCUCACUAGUGUGAGCUCAGCUGUUAUUCAGGUCAGGGGAGCAGAGAGGAUGAUGGGAAGCUUUUGGUUGUUUUUCUGCUUUAUCAGCAAGUUGAAACUUUUAAAAGCAACAGAACCAAAACAUUAAGGAAUAAACCUGGAAAAACAGAGAAAUUCCCAGGAUUACUGGGGAUGUGAAGCUGAUAAAACUCAGCAGCGUUGGAUUAAACUUUAUGUCUAAUCUGAAGAAUGAUUCGGCAUCGUUCUUCAGAUUAUCAACAUGUUCAGAUUACGGACGUUACUGCUGCUGCAAAUCAUAAACCAUCACUGUAGUGGAAACUUCUUAUGUUUCUCUUAAAUUUCACCUGAAAGAAAAAUAACCUGAACUUUUUCAGCCAUCAGAACAUUAAUAUCAAAUAAAAUCAUUUACUGUGUGAAAUAUUCUG